AUGACACAAAUACCAACGAUACCCGGGUCCACAAGCCUUGCCCUCGCCAUCCUAGCAUCCGGCUACUUAUGCGCCCUCUGCAUGACACCACCGAAUCCCUCGCCCGACCGAACCGAACGACAUCAAAAAGACCGUCUCUCCUUCCUCGCCGGCACCGGCGCAACCAUCACCCGCCGCAUCAUCGUCACCGCCAUCAUCUACCACUCCAUCCUCACCCUUCUACCCAUCUACGCGUCGUCCCAAACUCUAUCCACCUUCUGCCCACGACCUCAGAACCUCAACCCGUCGCUCUUCCACUGGACCCCCACCUCGGCAAGCGCCCUGCUCUUCGUCUGCGCCGGCGCGCUGAUCCGACUCGCCGCGUACAAGAGUCUCAGCCGGAACUUCACCUUCCAUCUUGCGGCGCCGGAUGAGCUCGUCACGACGGGGAUCUACGGCUGGGUGCAGCAUCCGAGUUAUACGGGGAUGAUGCUGGUGAUUGGGGGCAUGGUGCUGUUGGUCUUGAGGUGGGAUGGGGCGGCGGCGUGUUUUCAUGAGGAGGCGUGGCAGGAGCGGUUGCGCGGGUGGGGGGUCAUGGUGGUGGCGGGUGGUGCGUGUGUGAAUCUGGGGAUGUGGUUUAUGAGGAUGAAGGAUGAGGAGGAGAUGUUGAGGGGCAAAUUCGGGGAGAAGUGGGAGGUUUGGCAUCGGUCGACGAAGAGGAUGAUUCCGGGCAUCUUUUAG